CUCAUUAGUAUUUAAACGUGUUAAAUAUAUUCAUUGAUCUUUUUUAUAAACAUAUUGUUAAUUAAAUUGUUGAAAUGAUUUUUUUUUUUGAUAAAUCAUUUAUCAUUAUUUUAUUGAUAAAUUUAUUGUAUUCACAAUGUAUUGCUGAAAAUACAUGUUUUCCAAGUGGAUUUAAAAUUGGUGUUGCAAGUUCAGCUUAUCAGACUGAAGGCGCAUGGAAUGUCAGUGAUAAAGGAAUAAAUAAUUGGGACACUUUUACUCAUGGUAAAAAUCAAGGAAAUAGCAAUGAAGACAAUACUGGAGAUAUUGCCUCUGAUUCAUACAAUAAAUACAAAGAAGAUAUUCAAAUUAUCAGUGAUAUUGGAUUUGAUUAUUAUCGUUUAUCGUUGAGCUGGGCAAGAAUAUUACCAAAUGGUUUUGCUAAUAAAAUAAGUGAAGAAGGAGUACAACAUUAUAAAAAUGUUUUAGAUGAACUUCAUGCAAAAGGAAUUGAACCAUUUGUCACUAUUUAUCACUGGGAUCAUCCUGAUGUUUUAGAUAAAUUAGGAGGAUGGACAAAUGAAUUAAUGGUUGAUUAUUUUGAAGAUUAUGCUCGAAUUGUAUUUCAAGAAUUUGGAUCAAGAGUUAAAUUAUGGGCAACAAUAAAUGAACCAAAUAUUAAUUGUCUAAGUAGUUAUAGCACUGGUGUAUAUGCUCCAGGAUUUAAAAUGCCAGGAAUAGGACCAUAUAUUUGUGUUCAUAAUAUGUUAAAAGCACAUACUAGAGCUUAUGAAAUUUAUGAUGAAGAAUUUCGACAAAUAAAUAAUGGUAAAAUUGGUAUUGUAAUUGCUGGUUUUUAUCAUUUUUCUGUUGAAGAAAAUGAUACAGAAAGUUCUGAUGUAGCUUUUCAAUAUGAAUCUGGAUGGAUUGCACAUCCAAUAUUUUCGAAAAAUGGUGAUUAUCCACCAGUAAUGAAAGAAAGAAUUGGUGAAAAUAGCAAAUUAGAAGGUUAUCCAAGAUCAAGACUUCCAGAAUUUUCACCUGACUGGAUUCAACGUAUAAAAGGUACAUCUGAUUAUUUCGGUUUGAAUCAUUACUCAUCAAAUUUGGUAAAGAGUGUUCCUAAAAAUCCUAUAACAGGUUGGAUCAAUGACUCUGGUAUUGUUAGUAGUGUUGAUAAAAGUUGGAUGAGAGCUGCAUCAAUAUGGUUGAGUGUUGUUCCAAAAGGAUUUAGAAGUAUAUUAAAUAAAAUAAAAUGUGAAUACAAUAAUCCACCUGUAUUCAUCACGGAAAAUGGGUAUUCCGGUUAUGCUAAUGAAUCUGAUAUUCAAGAUAUUAAUAGAAUAAAUUAUUUUUAUUCUUACAUAGAAGAAAUGCUUCUUGCUAUAAAUGUUGAUGGAUGUAAUGUUCAUAGAUAUACAGCAUGGAGUAUACUUGAUAGUUUUGAAUGGGAUAUGGAAUACAAAGAACGUUUUGGAAUUGUUCAUGUUGAUUUUAAUAAUCCAAAUCGAACAAGAACACCACGACUAUCUGCUUCUUGGCUUGGCUGUGUUUUAAAUAGAAGAAAAUUAAUAUCUUUUGAUGAAUUUAAUGCAAAUAGAAUUUAAUAAUUUGUUUGUAAAUUUUAAAUUAAUUAAAAA